CACUUUUGUAUUACAUUUUCUCUCCGAACUACUCAUUUAUGAUUUUGUGUUCAUUCGAUUUCAAUUAUUGCAUUUUCCUUUCAAAAUAAUUUUAAUUCAGUAGCGAAAAUAUGAUGUUCAAAGCUUCCUUUGAAAUGAAAUAAUAAUAAAUUUCAUGCAAUUGUUGUUGGCUACGUAUGAAAUUGGUAAACAUUAUUGAAUUUUGAAUACACAUCAAAAGGAAUGUGUAUCAUCGACGAAUUUUCAGAUGAAUUCGUUUAAAAUCCACCUUUUACACGAUAUUACACACGAUGCCAUUCAACUGAAAACAGAUAUUGCACGCUGAUAUAUGCCCACCUCAAUUUUUUACGAAACCAAAUGCAGAAAGAAUUUCUUUUUUGCUUUGCCUGAAUAAAUAAAAAACACAUUUCACGACAAUAUACAAAGAUAUUUUUUAAUGGAUCUGCCAUCGAUCACGACCAACAUUCAAUUUUAUAUUAUUGAACUGUCUCGACCGUAUGUGGAAUUUUAUUUUUCCAUUGCGAGAAGAAAAAAAAAAACGUGUCAAAAAUCCGAAAUUUAGAGUUUGAAAAACUGCUCCUUUUUAUUAUCUCGACUCGGAAAAAAUUGGGUACAAGAAAUGUCAUCACGCGACGAAUUAGAAGAUUUCAAGAAAGUACUACGUGAAAAUAUCGUAAAUUUGGAUACAGAAAGAUUUCUGAAAAAUGUGGAGAAGUUCCAUGAGCGAUUCGAAGACAUUCUUGAAGCAGAUGAUUACUUGGAUCUGAAAAAUUUGCUAGCCAACAUGAAAAAAACUGAGCGACCAAUGGCCACUUAUCAUGAGUUUGUCCUGUUUCUCGUCGUUAUGGCGUUUCUAAUUUCAAUUUUUGCAUUUUUUGGCUAUAAACUGUACAAGUCAUUAACCGAUCGCGAGCGGAAGCGUGAAGAGAAGUUGCGAGCAAAGAGCGCCAAAAAGAAGAAGUAAACCGCAAAUCCAGAGAUUUCGUUACAAAAUUAUACCAAAAAAAAUGAGAGAAAAAAACUAUUUAAAAAAAAAUUCGGCAUGCACAAAACUAGCGAAUAAAACGAAGCGUCUACAUUUUUUCCAGCUAUUUUUAUAAUUGCUCUAUUGAUACAAAAAAAUUGUACUGAACUUAAUUAUGCAUUUUCUUUUUUAUCACAUUCCGGUUCAAGCAAAUCCAUUAAUUUAUUUUAUACAAUAGUCGAUUUAACUUGAAAAAUAGACAAUUAUUUUCUUAAUCAUCAGCAAUUUAUUUGAUGAAUUAGAUCACAACUUCCCUCAGAAAACUAUUACAUCAUUUCCAAACAAGAGUGUUUAACAUACGAAAGAAAGAAAAAAAUUUUUGUUCUUAUUUAUAAAGUUUAAAGAGAGAGAGAGAGAGAGACAUGGAGAGACAAAGAUAAAAAUGAAUAAAAAAUAUUAAAUAUGAUGAAAAAAGCGUUAUGAACUAAGCACAGUUCUUUUCAAUAGGGUCUUCGAGUUGCACCGCUGAACUGUCAACAUUCGAUGUGUCAGUGUCAAAACAAACAUAGUAUAAAGAAAUAAUCCGAACAAAACCAUUCCUUGAAAGGAUUCAUGUUUUAGGCAAAUCUCUUUCAUUUUAUCGAUGUGUAUAUUGUGUUGUUGAAAAGUUUCAAUCAUAAAUUUGAAACAUCCGUUUGAGAUGGUAUUCUUUUCGCCUAAUCGAACCGGUUCGAUUUGAGUUUUGGCCACAUAUACAACAAAACAUUGGAGAUAGCCUGUUUUUUGUUCCACUGACAAAUUAUUGCAAUGAAAAAAUCCAAGGGAAAUCGUUGCCAAUGCUGCAAUAAGACAUCUGCAGCAAAAAUUCAUUUGGUAUUCGAUGAAGAGGGCAAAAGACGAAAUAUUGCUGCCGUUUUGCUCGAUUACAUCGGGAAAUCGUUGAAAGAACAGGAUGGAAUAAAAUAUGUUAUAUGUGAUGUGUGCUGGCAACAGUUAAUACAAUACAAUGAAUUUAAAGAAAAAUGCAUUCGUGCCAAUGAGAUAACCAGUGAUGACAAUGACAAUGAUGAAGAUAAUGAAGAUGACGAAACAUCCGUACAAAAUGAAUCCUUGCAAACUGAAGAUGGAUAUGAGGAUAGUGAAUAUCUGGAUGAAUCACAAUACGAAUUGCCGGAUGAAUAUGAAAUGGAUGUGGAAUAUUUAGAGGAAAAUGACUCAUUCGACGAAGAAAAUGUAUGCGAAACGAAUGCGGAAAUUGAGCGGAAAAAAGUGCAAUUCGAGUUCACAUCGAUUAUUGUGAAACCGAUUUUCAUACUGGAAAUCGAUAAUCCAGAGGAUGUGAUGAGAAUCAAGCAAAAGAUAUCAACUGGAAUACCACGGCAUACCUUUCGAACGAAAAAUAGAGGUAGGAAAGCAAAUAGCCAGAAUUUAGAUGUGCAAAAAAUUGCCACGUCCGAUGAUUUGAUGAAUAUUUUGGAGGACGAUUAUCACAACGUAAUCACAUACACAAAAAGUUCUCACGAUAGUGACAAUGACAGUGAAUUUGAAUACCGCUACGACGCCCAUCCAGUUGAUAUUAAUGAAUAUUUGAAAUCCAUCGCAUCGAUAACUUAUGAGGAAACUUAUGAAUAUGGAAAUUAUAUCAAUUGCACGCUCUGCUCCGAGGUGAUAAUAAGCCAACAGCACCUGGUCUAUCACAUCCACGAAAGUCAUUCGCUGGCAGACGGUUUUCUGUGCCCGUUCGGUGAAAAUUGUCCACCAUUUGAAGAUUUAGUCAAGGUUCAAGAACACAUAUUUCAUGACCAUGUUGAUUCGAUUCCAACUCAGCUAUGUCUGACAUGCCAAACAUGUGAGAGAACAUUCAAGUCUUCAGUUCAAUUCGGCAAACAUAUGUGCGUCACGUUCGAAGACGACAGCAUCAACUUUCAGUGCGCCAACUGUGAUAAGAAAUUGCGCUCGAAGAAACGAUAUUUAUUCCACACUCAAUUUCAUUUGGAAAAUGCGCGUCCAAAAAUCUGUAUCAUCUGUGAAUUAUCAUUCGAUAGCGAAGAAUAUUUUUACGAUCAUGUAAUGUUUUCGCAUGAACGUGUCUACGAAUAUUUUUGUGGCGAAUGUGAUAGGAGUUUUUCAUCAAAUUUCCGCCUGAAGCUGCAUAACCGAACACAUCACGAACGAACCAAACGAACGUUUCAAUGUAGCUCAUGUGAUAAGUCAUUUGUCGAUAAGAAUAUGCUCGAUGAGCAUAUUUCCAGUAAGCAUUCGGUUCGGGCGCAAACUGAGAAACUACUCGAAUGUUCCGUUUGCCAAAAGGUCUACAAUCGAUCGUCUCGAUUGAGAAAACAUAUGACGACACACGAGCGCCAGCAAAAGAAUCGUGUGUUAGUUUGUGAACCGUGUUCGAUGGCAUUUGGUGGUAUCGAAGAUAUCGAUGAGCAUUGCAAUCGAUUGCACGAAAACGACAAUAUCAAUAUCAUUGAACGAGACAUAUUCUAUGUGGUCUGUUGUGAGUAUUGCGAGUCGGCUUUUGUUAACAAUCAAAAACUUGUGCAGCACAAAGAAAUCCAUGCAAACGAUGAAAAACCAUUUGUUUGUGGUUUUUGUAUGGCUUGUUACGAAACGUACAGCAAACUGAAGACACAUAAAAACACACACAUUAGCCAACAGGUUAAAUUUCCGGUACAAAGACUCUACAUGUGCGAUGUAGAUGAUUGCUUCAAACGUUAUCGCCACUGGAGCGAUCUGCUGAACCAUCGAAAAACCGUGCAUCUGAUUAAUCCAUCAAUUUACAAAUGCAACGAUUGUCAACAGACAUUCUAUCAGAGCUGGAAUUUCAGCUACCACAAGAAAACGGUCCAUUCGUCCACCGCAAUGAAGUGCAAAUUGUGUGAUUUUGAAUGCAAAACUAUGUAUGUUUUGAAAAACCAUCAGAAAAAAAUGCAUUCAACUGACAAUGAUGUUGUCAAAGCCGAACAUCCAAAGCCAAAAGCAAAUCCAGAGUCGAAGCCGGAGCCAGAUAAGAAGCCUAAGUCAAGGACAAAGUCUAAGAAUGAAUCAGUUCGAUCGAAGAAAUCGGCUGAAGUGGACCAAUACUUUCGAAAAUUAGACCAAUCAAUGGUAUGCAAUAUUUGUGGCAAACAAUUGGCGACACGGCACAGCGUCCGAUCACACAUCGAAAUGAUCCAUUUCAAAAUUAAAAACUACACAUGUGAUGAGUGUGGCAAAGAGUUUUACUUGAAAAAAGACUUCAGAGAUCACAAACGAAUGCAUACAGCCGAAACACCAUACGAAUGCGCUGUUUGCGCAAAAAAAUAUCGAACUGCCUCAAUGCUGAACGAUCAUCGAAGAAGUCAUUCAAAUAACCGACCUUAUAGCUGCCCGUAUUGUGCAUCAACAUUCAAGCGAGCCUAUGUGUUGAAAAACCACGUAAAACAACAUUUAGGUGUGAAGGGGUUUCCGUGCACCGUUGAUAAUUGUAAAAAAGAAUAUCGAACGCAGUGGGAAUUGAAUAGUCAUCAACGGCUUAAGCAUUCGAAUUGCUACACAAUGGAUAGACAAGAUGUCAACAUGGAAGUAUAUACAGAGGGAGAUGGAGACAUGUGCAAUUUAUUUAAAGAAGAAAAACCAAUGAGAAAUGAAUCAGUGGAGGAAAAAACGAAAAUCAGUCCAAAGCCAAAGAAGCGCCAAAAUAAUCAACAAAUCAUUUACGUUAUGCCUGGACCAGUCGAAGAUGAUAUAAUUGAGGGGCAGUCCAACGAAAACAUUCUUGAAGAACAAUUGAACAUUCCCAAUGAAGCCGAUCACAAUUAUCUAGCGUCGGAAAAUGAGACAGACACAAACGUUAUUUAUGUAGUCGAUCCACAAAUCACAUCAAAUAGAGACAUGAAACCAACAACAAUUUUGGUUUGUAACCCCAAUUUUAGUGACAUGACGAUCAUGGAUGUUGGUGCUAUUCAAACCAUCGAUCAAGACGCUCAAGCGAUCAUUUCAUAAUAUUCAAAUUCGAGAUUUUAAACAAAAAGCAUUGGCUAUUUUCCAUAUGUUUUUGUGAUGUUUGAUUAAAAAUAAAAUUAUAUUUUUUGCAGCAAAA